CGCGCAAAUCGCUCACGACUUAGUUACAAAACAAUCGUCGCCGAAACUGCAGUAACAAACGGAUUUUGGUUUUAUUGUUCUUCACACGUUGUUGUGUUUUGCACGCAAGAUGGAUAAUCACGUGGCUGCAAUGUUGAUGGCGUUGCUGCUGUGUUCGCAACCGAUCAUGCACUUUUCGCAAGCCAAAGUCUACACGAAAUGCGGUCUCACCGAGGAACUCAUCAAGCUCAACGUGUCCAGAAGUUGGGUCGGAAAUUGGGUCUGCCUCGUCGAAAGCGAAAGUUUCAAAGAUACCGGUAAAGUCAUCAAUAAAGCGAACGGCAGCAAAGGUCUCGGCUUGUUUCAGAUUAACAGCAGAGAGUGGUGCCAAUUUAAAUCUGCUGGAGGAAAAUGUCAAAUGAAAUGCGAAGAUCUGACAAACGAAGAUAUCCGAGAUGACGUUACGUGCGCGCGUAAAGCCAUCGAGGAGUUGGGUUUCCAAGGCUGGAACGGAUGGGUGCGCAGCUGUAAAGGACGCGAAUCCGUCACGCGGAUGCCGAUUUGCCCGGGGCUCUAACACAAAGGCCCUUUCAAAAAGGGAACACUUUUAUGAGCGAGGAAAAAAAAUAAGCAAAUAUAUAAGAUAAAGCAUAUGGAAAACUAGACGUAUGGUAAUAAUAAAGGAUGUUAAAUCAAAA